AUGGCUACUAGAAAAUUGCUCCACAAGCCAAAAAGGAAUAAAAUUCGAGCGAAAUUAAUAGCACAUCGAGGAGGUGCUGGGGAAGAACUGGAAAAUACCAUCACGGCGUUUACACGCGCUUCGCAGAAGGAUGUUCAUAUGCUCGAGCUGGACUGCUAUUUGACGAGGGAUAAUCACGUGGUGGUGUCACAUGAUGCUCAUCUCCUCGCUCUGACUGGUCAAGAUGUCUACAUUCAUGACGUAGAUUAUAAGGAUCUUCCGUGCCUUAAACCUGUAUUGGAAGUGGAGUUUGCAAAAGGUCAGACAUGUUGCGGGAAUUCUAAUGACAGGAAUAUUCCUUUGCUUCGAGACGUCUUCGAGCGAUGUCCAAGAGUACCUAUGAAUCUCGAUGUCGGUACGGACAACGAUGUCCUCAUUGACAAGGUGAUCGAAAUGGUGGUCGAAUUCAAGCGAGAGGACAUCACAAUACUUGGCAACACCGAUGAAAACAUGACACGAAAACUACAUGCUAAGGCACCUGAACUGUUGUUAUUCUUCAGUGAACAAAGCUUUUAUCGUCUGCUCAAAGUUUUCUACCUGGGUGUUAUCCCGUUCGUUAGUUUCAAGGAGAGUUUUUUAGAGAUACCGCUGGGAUCUGUUCUGAAAGAUGCGGGCAUGGAGAACUGGAUUUUUACCACCUUUCCACGACUCUACGAUGCCGUGGUCUUAAAUCCUCUUCUCGUCUUCCAUUUACAUCGCAGAGGAAUAAAGGUUUUCAUGUGGGUGCUAAACACAGAGGAGCAAUGGGAACAGUGUUUUGCAUGUGGUGCUGAUGCAGUGAUGACAGACUACCCAUCCAAACUGAGAGACUAUGCCAAGGAGAAGAAGUUGUGA